CACCGCCCACUUUCUAUCGACCGAUGGGGCCUGUAGCCAAUAGGAAUAGGUGAUCCCAAGAGGCUAGGAAUGAGGAGGAGGGGCUGGCGAAACUUGGAGGUGUGACUAGCACAACCGAGGCGUGGUCACAGAGUAAGCUCCUCCCCGGGUUGCCGAACCCCAAAGUAGAACUGAUGGGCGGGAUUAAGAUAGAACCAACAGCCAAACACAUACUUCUGAGAGAAGGCACGACCAAUUGGACCGGGGUAGUGAGGAGGGGCGUUGCGGAGAAUUUUAGCCAAUACAGAGUAGAGAACGGCGGGGACUGUAGAACGUCUUCCAAUGAGAAGCGCGAAGGGCGUGCCUUGCCGCUUUCACUGGGGCGGGAGUAGGUUUCGCCCAAACCUCCCGGAGCUGACCAAUGAGAUCGGAGGAGGGGCCAAGCUCGGCCAACCAGCAAGCCGAAUUUAUCUAGGCACCGUUACUGGGGCGGGGCGUAGAUCUCCUGGCCACUAAAAUCUCGUCAGGGGCAGGCUCCCGAGCCUUCCAAUGCGGGACGUGGGCGAACUCUAGUUCUCCCAAUGGGUGCGCAGCGCUGGCAAUUCAAACUGACAGCCGGUUGGAAAGGCAGAGAGUGGAAGAGGGAGCGAAAAACGACGUGUUCAGUGGCAGAGACACCAACGCCGACGGAGCCCCCAAAGCGACCUCUGUCCCGCCCCACCAGCACCACCGCGACCUCUGGAGCGGCAGCUCGGGAAAGACUUGAGGGAACGGCGCGGGGCACGAGGGAAAGCUGAGGGGAGGGAGUCGCGAGAGGAACGACGCGAGAGCCCGCACGCUGAGGGCUGGGGACUGCCAGGAGAGAAGUGAAGCGGGCGGCCCGCGAAAGAGCAGAGCGGAGAAGGGUCGCGGGAGGAUUAAGGAACACCCGGGAUUGCCCGGUGGGAAAAGCUGAGGGGAUUUCUGAAUCCUGGGGAGAGGAGAAAGAUUUCCAAAGAGGACGCGUGGGUACGGACGCUUAGUCCGCGAUCCGAGAGAGGAAUUGGAGCGCUCCGAGGGAGGGGCUUAAGGGGGAAGCUUUAGAUAAAAGAGCCUGUACGGGAGAAGCUAAGGGAAUUGCAAAAGGAGCAGGAGCUAAAGAGUAGAGGAUCCUUCAGACUGGAGAAAGGGAAAACUAGAGAAGUUCCCGAGGCACCUUGCAGCCUGCCUCCUCCCCACUUCAAACUCCUCUCCCUUCCCCGAAAGUUAAAGAGAAAGCCAAGGUUGCUGCUUCUCCCGGGUUUCUACUCAAUAAAUACUACUUUUACCUUCCCACGGGAAAACAGAAAAGAACUCAUUUCCUUCUCAAUUUCCGGGCUUAGAAAAGAUCGAGGCCUCGCAAUUUGAUUUUUCGCCUGGGAGAAUCAAACUAGGGAGGGUAUUGCUCUAUUUUCAAAAUCCCACACCUCAUCCUUCCCCGGACGCCAUGUCUACGAGCAGCUGUAGUUUCAAUGACCGGCGCGUGUCCACCCUGUGUUGCAAAUUCUGUAAACAAGUGCUCAGCUCUAGGGGAAUGAAGGCUGUUUUGCUGGCUGACACUGAAAUAGACCUUUUCUCUACAGACAUCCCUCCUACCAAUGCAGUGGACUUCAUUGGAAGAUGCUAUUUCACUGAAAUUUGCAAAUGUAAACUGAAGGACAUCGCAUGUUUAAAAUGUGGGAACAUUGUAGGUUAUCAUGUGAUUGUUCCAUGUUGUUCCUGCCUUCUUUCCUGCAACAAUGGACACUUUUGGAUGUUUCACAGCCAGGCAGUUUAUGGUAUUAACAGACUAGACUCUACUGGUGUAAACUUCCUACUUUGGGGCAACUUGCCAGAGGUAGAAGAGAGUACAGAUGAAGACAUGUCAGAUAUCUCAGCAGAGGAGUGUAUUAGAUGAAUAGAAUUAUAAUAUAUAUGAUAUUUAAACUUUUUCCUAUGUAAAAAAUAUAUUAAUGGACCAAUUCAAAAUUUGUUAGUAAGGAUUUGCCAGUGAUUUAUCUUUUUGGAAAACAAAAAUAGGACAUUUGUUGAUUUAUUUAUUUUCUGUCUCAAAUUAAUUACCUGAGUUUAUUGAACCAAUGUAGUCCUUUUCUUCUACUUCUGCUUCUACUUCUACCCUUCCUCUCUCCAUCCCUCUUCCCAGUAUAGGCGUACUCUUAAAUUCCGAUAGUAGAAGAAUCUUUCAUGUGUCACUCAACUCUCUCCCAAUCUGGGGACGGUUUUCUUACAACUAGAUGCCAGAUGCUGUUAAUUUUACAUUUGAAUAAGGGGCAUUAGUAUCCACACAUAUAUCACCAUGCUUAUAUCCAUGCAUAAAUCUAUGCACGUAACCAUGCAUAUAAGCAUGUAUAUAUGUGUGAAGCACAGCUGGGAAUUAAAGCUUAACAGGGACUUUGUAAAAAUAGGCUAUUAGGUUUCCAUGGGUACUGGUUAUCAUAUGUUAUAUUGGUGAUAACUAUGUUAAUAUGGAACAAGACUUUGUGAAUGUAUGGAGAAAUCCUCUUGAUUCCUCAGCAUGAUGUUAGAUAAAUGAAUUUGCCAGGAAAUUAUCAAUAUAUACUGUUUACUAAUAUUUAUUUACAUUCUUCUAAAGUCAUAUGGAUAUUGUAUUAUGAAAGCCAGAUAACCUCCAUCUUUAAGUUUUCCCAUUCUCCAGGGCCUUUUCUGUGAAUAGCAAAUUUUAGAUGAGUAGUCUCAGUCCUAACCCUUAAAUAGAAAAAAUUUAAAGAAGUGGUUUGCUUAAGCCAUUGUACAUUAUAAAGAAGGUUUUUUUAAAUUUUGUUUUGUUUUGUUUAUCUGCAUUCAGAGCCACACAGGAAUAAGAAACUGGGAUAGUGUUGGAUUCUUGUUUUAUGAAAAGCUAAAAAUCAAUGUAUCACCUUAACUAAUAUUUUAGCCAAAGGCAUUUUGUCAAUAGUAAUACCAAAACAGACCAAGUUACAGUUUUGUAAAUAAAGUUUUGUUCUAAAGAUGA